UUCGAAUGAAAUUCUGGUAGGAACGGAUUUUAACUUUAACUGCGUGUGAAUCUUUGAAAACCAUAAACAAACAUCAAUGGCGGCUGGCGCAACAGGUGUCCGUGUUGUAUUUUUUGGUUCUCAUAAACAACCAAGCUACGUUGUUGAAACAUUUAUUUCACCAAAGAAAGACCAACUUAAAGAAGGUGAAAUAUUGGUAAAAAUUUUAAUAUCUACAAUAUGUUCUUCUGAUAUUCAUAGUAUAGAUGGUAGAAGAGAAGUUAAAGCACCUUGUGUUUUAGGUCAUGAAGGUGUUGGAGAGGUAAUUUUUUCGAAAAGAAACCGUGAUGAUGUUCGAGUUGGUGAUAGAGUUGCAUUUACUAUGUACAAUAGCUGUCAGUCAUGUGUAAUGUGCAAAUCAGAAAUGCAAGAAUGUUGUUCAUGUGCAACAAAGUAUGGAACAUUAAGUUUAAAUGAUGGAACUGGAUUAAAUGGUUGUUUUGCUACUCACAUGGUUCUCAGAGCAAGGACAGACGUUGUUCCAGUCCCUUUAAAUGUCUCUGAUAUAAUUGCUAGUCCUGCUAAUUGUGCUUUAUCAACAAUGGUUCAUGCAAUAAGCUUUGCCUCAUCUACAACUAAGCUUAAACAAUCUGUUGCCAUUAUUCAAGGUGCUAAUUUAAUGGGGCUUUAUGGAUGUGCUCUGCUUCAUGAAGCCGGUUUUAUUAAAGUCUUUUGCCAUGAUGUGAGCCGAGAACGCCUAAGAUUAGUUCCAAGAUUCGGUGGUAUUCCAGUUUUAGUUGAGCGAGAUUAUGAUCAUAAUAAUAAUCAUGAGCUAUCUGGAAUUGCAGAUCUUAUUAUUAACGUGUGCAGUACAUGGGAUGUUAUUCCUUAUGCCUUACAUGCAUUAUGCCACAGAGGAGUGUAUCUUUUUGUUGGAACCACUCAUGUUGAACAUGCUUCAAUUAACAUAAAUGUAAUUCUAAAAAAAUGUGUUACAAUUAAAGGUAUAGAAGGUUAUCAAGUUGACCAUCUACAAAAAGCAAUGGAAUUUUUGUCGAAAACAGUCCACAAGUAUCCAUAUGAAUUGUUGACUAGUUCACCAUAUAACCUUCAAGACUUUCACUCCGCCAUUGUUUGUGCUCGUACCAAAAGAUAUUAUAGAACAGCUUUUGUAGGAAAAAAAAAACAUGCUUCAUAUAUAAUAUGCCACAAUUACGAUUAAGGUGCAGUGCAAUAUUUCAGUUCUUUUAAUGAGUGCCGAAGUUUCAAAACUGGAUAAGUAUUACCAUUUCUGCUUCACAAGUUGUUCAACUUCACAUUAAUUUCAUUUUAUAUUAAAAUUAUCUUUACAUGUUUUAGUAACUUUAACUUUUAUUUAAUUAUUAAAGUUUUCCUUUCGAAAAAUAACCCGAACUGACUUAGCAAAUUAUUGGUAACUUUAAGAUUACAUAUUUCAAAAUUAGCUUCAUCCUAAAUUUAAAAAAUAAGCUUAUUCACAUAUUUAUUAUGUCUUUUUAUUUAUUUCAGAAUGAUUUCUUUAGUAAUAAAUAAAAAGAAAACCUCAAAUUAUAGUUUUAUAAACUAUGUUUCUUUGCAAACUUAUUUUCCUAUUAAUUGUUACAUUGAAGUACUAAAAUAUUAAAUUUUGAUAAAUAAAUUCCAUAAUUUCCUUCUCUAAAUUUAUAUAAAUGUAUUUGAAAAAAAAUUCAAUUGUUCUUUUUUGAAGUCAUUUAAGGGUAAAUUUUUGCAUUGGAAAAUGUAAGUGCUCUUUCAGGUUUUAUUAUUAUUAAUCUAUAUUUUAUGAAUUUUCUAAUUAUCUUUUCAAAUUGCACUUUUCUAUCAGGUUUUUGUAAAAUGAAAUUGUAAGACUGAUUUGCUAGUUUUAUACUUUUAUAUAUCUAGUCUCUUUAUAAUGUCACAAGUGUGCUAAAUGUUCACAAAUACUGUAUUUUUAUAAACAAGUAUAUUAUCUAUUUGUUUCAAAUAAAUAGAGAAUUGUAAUGCAGUUUCCUGGUUACGUAUGAACAAUUUAUGCAUUUUAUAACACUAUUGUUAAGUAAGGAAAAAUAAAGUUAUUUAACAAUUU